AUGCUUCUAAAGGAGCAAAAUUUAAUGAAUGAAUCAUCUCUGCCAGAAUUUCUUCUUCUGGAAUUCUCAAAUGUCCGGGAACUGCAGUUUCUGCACUUCUUUGCAUUCCUUGUUUUUUACCUUGCAGCAGUUGCAGGAAAUCUUCUCAUUAUCUCUGCAGUUGCCUCUGACCAUCACUUACACAGCCCUAUGUAUUUCUUUCUGAUGAAUCUGGCUAUAGGGGAUGUGGGCCAAGUUUCAGUCAUUUACCCCCAAACCAUGGCCAAUUCCCUUAUGAACUGGAGACACAUUUCAUAUCCGGGAUGUGUUGCUCAAGUUCUCUUUUUUGUGUUAUUUGCAGCAUCUGAUUUCUCCCUUCUGACAGUCAUGGCGUAUGAUCGAUAUGUUGCCAUUUGCAAACCGUUACAGUAUGAGAUGUUGAUGAAUAAGCAAGCCUGCAUUCAAAUGGUUAUUGCUGUAUGGGUCAUUAGUUUUUUCUAUGGUGUGUUACACACCGGAGGCGCCUUUGCACCCUCCUUUUGCUCCAAUAUUGUCAAUCAGUUUUUCUGUGAAAUCCCAGAGUUACUUAAGCUUGCCUGCUCUGACUUGUACCGGAUUGAAAUUGGGGUUAUUUUCUUAAGUUGUACCAUUGGGUUAGGCUGCUUUAUUUUCAUUGUUGUGACUUACGUGCACAUCUUUAAGGCAGUUCUGAGAAUUCCCUCAAUGCAGGGAAGGCAAAAAGCUUUCUCCACUUGCCUUCCCCAUCUCAUUGUUUUCUCCAUAUUUGUAUUUACUGGAUAUUUUGCUUACCUCAAGCCCACCUCUAAUUCUGCUUCACAGCUGGAUUUGGAAUUUACUCUGAUAUAUACCAUGGUCCCUCCUUUGAUGAAUCCUUUAAUCUACAGCAUGAGGAACAAGGAUAUAAAACAUGCUCUGUCGAAGCUAUUGGGUUUGAGCUACCCUCCAUUCUUUUUUCUGAAAAAAUGUAUUCUGCGUAACAGUAUGAUCAGAGACAAAGUAUGA